AAAAGACUUAAAUAAAUCCUUUUACGACUCUAUUAAACCAAGCACAAUUUUGUUCAUUGUCUCAGUUACUAAAAUGAGGACAGUACCGAACGAUUUGUUCGUCUAUUUAGGCCUUUUUGCUGUGUUAUUUUCCGGCCUGAUCGCCUUUUACACAAUAGUACCGCAAAACUAUGGGCCACGGCCACAAAAACCCCACAUUAUCAUAAUAAUGGCCGACGAUGUGGGUCGUAACGAUGUCGGUUUUUACGGUUCGGGUCAAAUCCCGACCCCAAGUAUCGACGCUUUGGCUUACAAUGGCAUUAUUCUGGACCGGUUUUACACUCAAUGUUCGUGUACCCCAUCCCGAGCGGCCCUUCUAACUGGGCAGUACCCCAUUAGAUUGGGUAUGCAAGGGUUGCCGAUAAGGGCCGGCGAGAAUAAAUCGUUGCCUCUUGAUGUUGUCACAAUGCCCCAAUAUUUGAAACGUUUGGGGUACAAGACCCAUUUGGUCGGGAAAUGGCAUUUGGGGUAUGCCCAUAUAGAGGAUACCCCGUUGCAAAGGGGGUUUGAUAGUCAUUUUGGGUACUGGAACGGGUUUGUGGGUUAUUUCAACUAUACGGCGGUUUAUGAACUGGCAAAUGAUACGAUGGUUAAAGGGUUCGAUUUGUUUGAUGGGGUCGUACCAGCGUGGCAAGAACGUGGCAAGUACGCCACUGAUUUAUUUACACACAAGGCUAUGAAAAUCAUAGAUGAACACAAUAGUGAGAAACCGUUGUUUUUGGUUUUGGCCCAUUUGGCUGGGCAUACGGGCGAAGAUGGGGUCGAGUUGGGUGUGCCUGAUGUUGCACAGGCCGAAACGAGGUUCUCGUUUAUUAAAAAUCCCAAACGGCGACUUUACGCCGACAUUGUGUCACGUCUGGACGAUUCUGUUGGUCAGAUUGUGGAAAAAUUGGACGAAAAAAACCUUCUAGACAACUCGAUCAUUCUUUUCUUAUCAGAUAACGGGGCACAAACUAUCGGGGUGUACGAAAAUUCCGGCUCGAAUUGGCCUUUAAGAGGACUCAAAUUGACCGAAUUUGAGGGCGGAAUUCGGGCCCCAGCGGCGAUUUACAGCCCACUUUUCCACCAAAAAGGCUACGUGAGUAAAGAACUGAUACACAUCACUGAUUUUUUGCCCACUUUUUACGCCGCCGCUGGUGGCAAUUUGGAAUAUUUGGGCAAAAUCGAUGGUGUGAACCAGUGGGAGGUUUUAUCGCAGCAAAAGCCGGGCAAAAGGGACGAAAUUCUGGUCAAUUUUAACGAAAUUGACAACGUUUCGGCCAUAAUUAUGGGACAGUACAAGCUGGUUCAAGGGAGACUUGCUUUUCCCGAAUAUGGGGACUACCAUGGUGACAGUGGACGUAAUCCUGAGGACCCACCGUAUAAUUUCACUGCGGUUUUGUCCAAGAAUAUUAACCAGCAAAAUAGAAACAAAAUUGAAAGUUUGAGGAAUCAAACUGACUUGAGCUGGUGCAGGGGUGAAAAAAACCAACCCCUAAUCGAUUGUACAGAGGGUUGUUUGUUUAAUCUAGAGAGUGACCCUUGUGAGACCACUAAUAUCAUUCAGGAGGAAAAAAUAAUAGCGGGGAAAUUACUUGGACGACUUUUUGAAUUUUCCCAAAUUUUGGUCCCCCAGCAAGUGGCGAUUUUUGAUCCAGAAUCGAAUCCCGAAUUUUACAACGGGACUUGGUGCACGUGGCUCGAUCCACAGUUUUGUCCCAAAACUAUUUAACUUUGUGUAAUUGGUUAUCAUUUGUACAUAAAUGAAAAUAAACACUGGGUAAUUGGAAA